AUGUUGACCAUUGAAAGUAGGGGUGAACGCCCUUUCGUGCACGACAUCAACUGCCACAAUGAACAGCAAAUAGUACCAGAAGACUCUGAGGAUUCCAUGCUAGUAUUCGCGCAAGCUCUACUGGCUGUCACAGUUGAGCCCGUAGAAGCUGGUUCUUUCUUCGGUCUGGCCAAGUGCUCUAUUCUUGGGGAAAAGCCAAAUAACUCGUUUCACAAUCAGGCGAUCACUGCCAAAAGCCCGAGAACGCAAUUACUCAACAAGAAAUACAGGACGUCAGACGCUCGGAACUGGGGCAACUCCCCAGAAUUGACCGGCGCCCAGCGCAACUACACCAAGCCCAGUAGUAUGGACAGACUGUCCAGGCUGCAAAUACCGCUUGGCGAAGUCUCCAAAUCCGACACAGUCUUUCUUGGUGAUUUCCAUUUUGAGGCUGCGUGUGUCAGAAGAUUGAACACCGGCAGAUGGUUCAAUCAAGAUCUGGUUCUCUUGGCGAUGCACCUCGUGGACAAGUUAUCCAAUGUCCGCGUCGGUUUCUCGAUUCCAAUUCAAGGAAGUGGAGGCAAAACCUUGGCCAAACCGCCGCCAAGCAGCAAGAUCUUCCACUACGACUCCAUGAACCGCGCAAACGAAGACGUCAAGAAUGCCUGUCGAGCACAGUUCAGAGAUUACAUGUUCCACGCACAUACUGGCUUUAUCCAGAACGAUGGUUCCAGCUGCGGCCCUCUGCAAUACCUUCAAGCCAGUGAAGUCAUCAAAAAGAAAAGCCGAGGCCAAUCCGACAGAGACGCCGAAGAAGAAGUCCUUGGAGGGGAAUACGAACAAACGGAAAGCCGAGGCCGAACCGACAGAGGCGGCGAAGAGGACGUCCUUGGAACUGAGGAUGAGGAGUUGAACAGACCUGUCUAA